AUGGAUUUGUCGCAGCCAUCAGAAAUCACCGAAUGCCAAACAUCAAACACGCAGGGUAAACAACCUCAACCGACCUCAUCAUGCGCUGAGUGUCGACGUCGACGUGUCAAAUGCGAUGGCCAAACAAUCCCUUGCAAGCAAUGUGCCUAUUAUCUUGUUCCACAUCUCUGCCACUACCCAACACGGAAGCGAAGACGGAACGUGACCCUUAAAUCCCAUUCAGAGCUUAUGGAUGCCUAUUCCAGGGCCCAGAAAGUCAUUGAUAUGCUGUUUCCUACCAGCUCCCUCGUCGAGCUCUCUUCAAUGACCCGUAAACAGCUUUGGGAACGUGUACAGGUUUGCAAAAUCCCAGAACGCGCGUCUGAUGAUAUUUCUCACGGCGAUUUGCAUGUUUUAGAGCCCCAUGUUGAGCAAAACUUUACUUGGGACGAAGUCUCGGAGGAUGAGAGCGAAACAUCUCGCGUAGCAGACGAUGUCAACGGUCUAGCAUUCUCUCAGCAAUCGCUUAAUGCUUCAUACUUGGGCUUAUCAUCGGUACCUACAAUUUUGAGAGUCAUCACUCAUCUUUGCCCUGACGUUCAGAGAAAGGUUCCCAAGGGUCCUGAGGCAUGGAGGAGUCCAUCAUCAUUAGGUGGCAGUCCCGACGAAAGCUCUGUGUUACAGGUCGAUGAGACGUCACUUAUUAACGCCUAUUUCGACCAUGUACAUCCUAGCAUCCCUAUGGUUGAUGAGGCUGAAUUCCGUUGUCGAUAUGACAUGACAAAAGGAGAUGAAAGUAGCUCAUGGUUGGCUCUGCUCAAUAUGGUGCUGGCCAUGGGCUCAAUGGCAUCCGACUCCAUACACUUUACCAGCCAUAAUGUCUUCUACAAGCGAGCUCUCCUACAUCUCAACAUCGUAUCCUUCGGAUCAGGAUAUAUACACAUGGUACAAGCUCUAGCCCUCUUCAGUGGCAUGGUUCUGCACUUCUUCAACCGACCAAACACAGCGACUGCCGUAAUGGCAGCAACAAUUCAGAUGGCGGUUGCCAUGGGUCUUCAUAGAGUACAGUUGACAGACGCCAACGUAUACAGUCCUUCUUCCCCAACUUCUCGUACUACAAAUACUCGAAUUCGUACCUGGUGGACUCUUCUAUGCCUAGAUACGUGGGCUUCCUCGACCUUGGGCCGCCCAAGUCCAGGAUAUUGGAAUCCAUCAACAGUAUCAACAUCAAUCCCAUCCAAGUUGGGCAGCUCAGACUAUGGGAUUAUUUCCCUCGCUGCUAAUGAACAAUUUUGCAGGAUUGCGGCACAUAUACAAGAGCGACUUAUUCAACUGCCUCUCAUCAGCCUCGAUGAAGUGGAAGAUUUGGAUCGCGAUCUCACAAGCUGGAAAAACUCGUUAAACCCAUUUCUAGGUCAUCUUGAACAAUGCCCAUCCAAUCUCAGACCCGCCCGGGCGAUUAUGUGGUGGCGAUAUAUUACUACUCGGCUUACACUAUACCGCCCAGCCUUACUUAUAACGGCUAUCCGUCGAAAGCCUUUGGAUCAACUAAGCACGAAAGAAAGAAAGAACUUGCGCACGUGUAUUGAGAUUGCCAUUGAGGGUGUUGACAUGAUGAGCAUGGAAUGGUGUCCAAACCAGUUCAUCUGCUGGAACAUCGCCUGGAAUCUUUUCCAGCUUCUAUUUGACAACGCCAGAGAUUUCGAGUCAGAGACGUUACUAUGUGAGGGAGGUAUCGGGAGCCAGUCCAUAUUUGAUUCUCUAGACUUUGAUCUGCUGGGAGAAGACGUGGAUUGGGUAGCAGAGUUUUGUGGUGGAAAUUAG